CCUAUUCGACUUUCCGAAAAGUCAAGUUCAAUGAGAGUUAUCCGUCUUGAGUUGGAACUCUUCAAUUGGUUGGAUGAACUUCCGCCGAGUACUGUCAACUUCCGUCGAAAACAGUGCGCUGCUUCGAAGCUGUCAAAAUGGGGAAGGAUGACUUUGCUCUCCUAGCUGGCGCCUAUGAAGGAUGCCAGCUGGAGAGUAGUCUACUAAGAAGACGACUAAUAAAUGCCAAACGUACAAUCAGGCUCCUAAGACAAGGCAAUCAUCAACCUCCAGCUCCGGCUCCGGCUCCGGCUCCGGCUCCGGCACCAGCACCAGCACCGGCACCAGCACCAGCACCAGCUCCAGCAGCAGGCCCACCUCCACCGGCAGCAGCUCCAGCUGCACCACCGACAAGAAGAUCGCUGAGAAACCGUCAGCCAACAGUGCAGCAGCAGUGGGCCAUGGGAGGUGGGCAUUCUUAG